UUUGUUGUCAAAAAUCCCCAUGCUGGAAGGAGAGCAAAUGUGGCCAUUUGGAGUCAAAAUCCUACAAAACAAUUAGUCACUUUGGUUAACGUUAGCGCGUAGACAUGGUCGGAAAGAUAAAGCACGUUCGCCAGAAGCUUCAUCAGGAGGCGGUGAAACUUAACGCGCCCGUUACAAGUCUGGAAAAGGCACCUGAACCUGCUCCGGAGAUCCGAAGCGGCUCACUUUUGUGUUGGAGCAAAACCAGCCGCCUGCAUCAGGGAGUCGGGGACGACAGCUCGAAGGACAGCAGGCAGGCAACGAGUUCCUUCCCGACUGCAGUCUUCGCUGGCACCAAGAUCCCCCCCGAGGCUCUGGUGCAAACGCUGAAGUUUGAGGACACGUCCGAUGUCGUGACCCGUGCAAAGAAAGGCCAAGAGGAGAAGAAGCUCAAGUCAAAGAAGGAAAAGAUGAAGGAGAGGAGAGAGCGCUGGCUCAACAAGAUCAGCUCCAUCAAGCAGGCGCGGGAGCAGCAGGUGGCCCAGGCCCGGCGGCAGGCCAUGCCCGUGGUUGGCGACAUGAGGCCCCUGGCCGAUGCCCUACCAGAGCUCUCCCAGCUCAUCACUCCGACUGCCACCGCCUCCGCUGCCCGCCGCAAGAACCGAAAAAACAAAGCGCCGGUGAAGAAGAAGCCCGAGCCGACUGACUUCAGCCUGAUGAAACAGUCACAGAAACGCAAGUUCUUGGAAACGGAGACCAGCCGGUUCAGCGAGGCAGCAAAGAGCCUCGCCUCCAAGACCAACCCGCUGGCGGACAUCGGCGAGCAGCUGAGGAAGAGGAUGAAGCAGGAGGAGGAGGAGCAGAACGACCCCAGCUAGCCCCACGGCGCCAGGCAUAAGUUACAAAAGAAACUUUACCAGCCCCUCCCCCCACUGCUUCUCCACUAUAUUUCAAAGGAGAAACUGUGAUACCAGAUACCCCCCCUUCACACCUCUCAACCCUCCAAAACGGCCAUCUGUUGAAAGGUACUGUGCACUGGAGCUGUGUCAUUUGUUAAAGGCGUAACAGGCGGCCACGUUUCUGUACAGCUGAUGAGCAAAAACUGUUUUCCUGUGCGUGUGUGCGUGUGUGUGUGUGUGUGUGUGUGUGUGCAUGGUACAACAAAUUACAAACGAAGAACUCUUAUCAUGUGGAUUAUUUCACUUUUCAGUUAUCUUAUUCACAUUUCGUAGGUAAUAAUAAAUUG